AUGGAUAUCUUUGAGAAUCGUUUCUAUAAACUUAAUUAUCGUCUCUUAUCUGCUGUCGGUUUGUGGCCAUACGAAAAAUCUCGUUUACUUCGUAUGUGUAUUGUAAAUAUUCCAGUCUUUUUGUUCAACAUAACACAGUUUUUUAAAAUAUGUACUUCCAAAGGAAACUUUGAUAUACUCAAAGAAGUUAUACCGAUUUUGAUAGCAUCAUUAGCUGCCUCUAUUAAAUAUUAUUUCUUUGAUUUUGGUAUAUUCGAUAUUAAAUUACUCAUGGAUAAUAUGAUUAAAGAUUGGAAUAUGUGGAAGUCCAAGGAAGAAAUUAAAAUUAUGGAAAAAUUCGCUCAUUUAGGAAAAAUGUAUACUCUUGGAUAUACUGUUCUUUUACUUUCUUUUGUGCUUCUAGUAUACAUAUAUAUCAUUGCAUCACUUUUUCUUUUGGUGACAUUCAUACCACCUUUAAUGGAUAUAAUUAUACCUUUAAACGAGAGUCGUCCUAUGGAAUUACCUGUCUAUGCCGAAUACUUUCUUAAUGAUGAGGAUUAUUUUUACUUGUUUUAUUUUCACAUAUCUCUUUCGAUAAUGAUUAAUAUUACGACUUUAGUUGCCACUGAUACUCAACUUAUGGUCUUUUGUUGUCACGUUAGUGGUGUAUUUGCAGUCAUAGGUUUUCGUUUGGAAAAUUUCUUGAAGAAGGACAUGAGACUGCAUGGAUUGACUGAUCUUCAAAGGAAAGAAUGUUAUAAACAUGUUUCGCUAUCUAUCAAAGGACACAAAAGAGCUUUAGAGUUCGUCAAGCGCAUGGAAUCGUCAUUUUCGUAUUCCUUACUAUUGCAAUGCGGCUUGAACGUUAUUUGUAUGAGCAUGUGUCUGUAUCAAGUGAGCCUCGAUUAUAAUUUACAUAUUUUCUUUUUUUUAUUAUGUUUCUCUUCAUUCUCAUAGAAAGAGUUUUAUUUUUUAUUACAGAUAGUAGUAUUGUACGGUCAAUCUGCAGAAAUAAUUAAAUUUAUUGCAUUUGUCAUUGGUGAGUUAUUCCAUUUAUUCGUUGCUAGUUUAUCAGGUCAAACUAUAAUAGACUACAGCAGCGAAGUUUAUUUCAAAGCGUAAGUAAAAUGUAGCUGAUUGAAGCAAA